UCCUAUGCCUCUCACACUCACUGCGUUAAACUUGCCAUGCUUGCAAGCAGUUGCUCAUGAGGACUGGACUCUCAAGCUCUCUCUACUUACCACUGACAUCUUAUGCUACAACACACAGCACUACAAGAGGAUCUAGGAUUGUACUCAUCAUCCACGUGCAUGACUGUAGCUACAUUGUAACACUGUAUUUUCUGCUGGCUUCUUGCACAAUCUUCCUUCAUGUUGUCAUUAUAGAGAUGUCUCAAAGUAACCUACAGUAAUCAACUCGGAUGUCCACCUUCCUGGGACUAUUUGGUUUCCUCAACUGGCUCCCUUUGGAUCACUUGAUUGAAAGAGGUUGAUUAUCCGGGACUUGUUGGACUGAGUAAGGAUUAACUAUAGGAGCCCACCCUGUACUUGUACCCUGCACCUUUUAAGAGACCCCCCUAUCCUGGACUGGAAAAUGCACUUGCUGGAAGUAGCCCUACUUUUUCUUUACUCAGUAUUAAUCCAGGGGGACACGGCUUACGAGUCAGGACAAGGGUACUACGACGAUCCGGAAUUUUUCGACACGAAGGAUCAUCCAAAUAAGGAAUUGGAAGAGCAACUACGGGCUGUGUCCAGUGUGGAUGAACUUAUGACACUUCUUUACCCGGAAUCUUGGAAAAUGUUCAAGUGUCAAUUAAGGCAAGGAGGACUAUCCGGCUUUGAUGCUAGAAGAGAUCAUAGUGUUAAAUUUGCAGCUGCACAUUACAAUUACAAUGCUGAUAUCUGGAAAAGCAUCGAAAUUGAGUGGAGAAAAACCCUGUGCAUGCCACGUGAAGUAUGUGUAGAUGUGGGGAAAGAGUUUGGAGCUGCAACAAACACCUUCUUUAAACCUCCUUGUGUAUCCGUGUACAGAUGUGGGGGUUGCUGUAAUAGCGAAGGUCUACACUGCAUGAACACAAGCUCAACAUAUGUCAGCAAAACACUUUUUGAAAUUACAGUCCCGUUGUCUCAAGGACCAGUAAAGCCAGUAACAAUUAGCUUUGCAAACCAUACUUCCUGCCGGUGCAUGUCGAAGUUGGAUGUUUACAGACAAGUUCAUUCAAUUAUUAGGAGAUCUUUGCCAGCAACCCAAACACAAUGUCAAGUCGCAAACAAAACAUGUCCUAGAAAUCAUAUGUGGAACAAUCAUUUAUGUAAAUGCAUACCACACCAUGACUUUGGAUUUUCCUCUCACGCAGAUGAAUCAGAAUCAGCUGAGGAAUUUAGUGAUAUAUGUGGACCAAAUAAAGAGCUGGAUGAAGAAACUUGCCAAUGUGUCUGCAAAGGAGGUUUGGUACCUUCGAGCUGUGGCCCUCAUAAGGAACUGGACAGGACAUCAUGCCAAUGUGUCUGUAAAAAUAAACUCCUGUCAACGUCUUGUGGACCCAACAAAGAAUAUGAUGAAGAAAGGUGCCAGUGUGUAUGUAAAAAGUCAUGCCCAAAACACCAGCCACUGAAUCCCACAAAAUGUACAUGUGAGUGCUUAGAAUCGCCAAAUAAAUGCUUCUUGAAAGGAAAAAGAUUUCAUCAUCAAACAUGCAGUUGCUACAGACCACCAUGUGCAACUCGACCGAAACGUUGUGACGCUGGGUUUUAUUACAGCGAAGAAGUUUGCCGUUGUGUUCCUACGUACUGGAAGAGACCACAUAUGAAAUGAUUGCAUUCUCUCAAGACAGGCUUCACACACUUUUGAAAAACAUGGACAACAUUGUUUCAAAUUUUGGAUUACUUUUAUAUUGAAGACCCAAAACAGGAUUAAGACAUUUUGUGCAUUCUGCAAAAGUAUGGAAUUGAAGUUUAAAAUGAGCUGAGACUGUCAUUUUAAGGACUUAACAGGACUUUUUUUUAGCCAAUGACAAAGCAGCCCGGGUUUUCCAAAUAUUUUUUUUAUUAAGAUAAUGACUAUAUAAUUUAUUUCCACUAGAAAUAUUGUGCAGCGUUCGUGUUUAUAGCAGUAACAAUGUAAAAGUGCACUGUGAUCCAUAUUUUUAUAUCAUGUAAAGUAUGUUUAAAAUAAAAAAAACCCCACAAAUUUGUACUAUAAAA